AUGAGUUGUUACAAGUCCCACGUGACGUCGCAUAUCCUCGACACUUCUCUCGGUCGUCCAGCCGCUAACGUUCGUGUAGAGCUGCAACAUCUCCAGGACAACGUUUGGGUCCGUGUCAAUGAGGGGCAAACAGAUGCCGAUGGACGCGUUGCAAGUCAUUUGGUCCCGCAAGUUUCGGUCUUUGAGGCAGGGACCUACCGCAUAGUGUUUGACACUGCACAGUACUUUGAGGCCAAUGGAGUCACCGAGUUCCUCUACCCGGAGGUGACCAUCACUUUCAAUGUGAAAGACCCAAACCAACACUAUCACAUACCGUUGCUUCUCAAUCCCUUUGGGUACUCGACGUAUCGAGGAAGUUGA